UGGAGAUCAGCCAUCAGGUGAGAGAACACGUCUGUGGAAAAUAGAAAUCGUCCACCGGAUCCGGCAGGUCCUUUUUUCGGUGAGAAAUUCCCAAGAUCGCAAAUCCAGGGAACACAAAUCACUAGAUUCGUCGGAACGCUGAUGCUGUGCUGGAUAAAUCGGACUCUUUUGUUGUGACGCUCCACACGCCUCGUCGUCGUCCUUCCAGGUAGCACACAGGUUCGGGGAGCAUAGCAACGGGCGUGGUAGAAUUGUCAAAGAAGAAUAAUAGAUAAGUAGCAGCACUGUAGAGCCAGUAAUUAUAGACUUGUCGUCGUCUCCAGAAAUAGAAACCUCUGUAGCCGGUAGAAAGGAGCCGCGUUGCGCAUUAACGCUUGGAUUAAACGCCCUCGUAUUUCGAAUCGAAAAUGGACGCAAGAGAAGAGGCACAUGCCAAGCAGGCUGCGCAAAUGCAGCACAGCCAGGAACAGCAGAUGGAGGUACCUACUUAUUCAGCUUUUGCAUACGAGAACAGUGCUGCAGAUGAUGAAGUAUUUUGAAGUGCCGCGUUCUUACUCACCCUACAAAUCAAAAUAAUCUCCUAUCUGAAAAACAGGCUAUGAAAGCGCAGCGAGAGCAGCAGGAAGCGCGAGAGAACCAGAAGAAGAUGAUCAUUCGACAGCUUUUGGAGCCGGAGGCCCUGGAGAGGCUAUCUAGGAUAGGCCUCGUAAAAAAGGAGAAGCAGGAUGCGAUUGAAGAAGCAAUUAUCAGAAAAGUGCAGGCCGGGGCACUCUCCACGAAAAUGGACGACAACACGCUCGUGAAGAUGAUCGUACUUUCGCUUUUCAUUUUUUUUGUUUCUGCGACUGUGAUCACAUCAAGCCUGAAUUGGGCAUCCCUUGCAAGGAUGAAAUGUUUUUGAACGCUUGGCAACCGAAGCCAUAGUGAAGACUCAAUUGAAGAAUCGAUAGGACUGACUCGCAAGUUUGCAUUUGACGCCUGACGACGUUAUGAUGAAAUGUUUUUAAACGCUUGGCAACCGAAGCCAUAGUGUAGACUCACUUGAAGAAUCGAUAGGACUGACUCGCAAGUUUGCAUUUGACGCCUGACGACGUUAUGAUGAAAUGUUUUUGAACGCUUGGCAACCAAAGUGGCUUUGUUGCUAAAGUGUGGACUCAAUUGAAGAAUCGAUAGGACUGACUACGCACCCGACUUACUUAGCGCACUGGCACGAGGUGUGAAGAAGUGCAUUUUUCGGGCUUUUCUGAAGUUUGUCUGAUUUAAAACCCAAUCCGAUAAAACAGGACGAGCUCGACGCUUCUUCAGCCAAUUCGCGCAAUGUGAAGAUACAGCGGAAGCGACAGGACAGUGACGAUGAUUUGGAUUUGGACGAUUAAAAACAAAGCAGUGCGGCUCGCGACAGCGACUUCUUCAACAUGUAACACAGCCCCACAUGAUUCAGCGACAUCAAUAUCGGCAGUUUAAAAAAAUCGUGUCUGCUCUCCGCACUCCUUCUGGCCCAGAAGUCUUGCUCUGUUGAAGGUUCU